CACUUCCCUAUUUUACUCUGUGUUUUGGUGGGCCAGAGUUUUUGAUUGUGACGGCCCAUAUCACUGGGCUUACCUAGCGGUCGGCCCAAUAAUGUUGCGACACACCACCGUGGACGGUGGCUUCUGUCUCGCCUUUUCUGUCUGACGGCGCCGUUUUACACGCGUCUGCAGAAUUCAAAUUGUCAAUUCCCGGCUUCCCGCUCGUUUCUCUCCGGCCAGUGGUCGCUUCAGAUCGCUCAGAUGGAGCCGGAGGAUGGCGAGUGAGCCUUCUCCGUUGGCUUCAGCGUUUUGGUUUCAGUAAUUGUUUUGGCCAAAUAAGAAAUCGCAGUUCUGAAGUUUAAAAUUACAGUUCAAUGGCAUCCCCAAUUACGUAUUCCGCCAUCGACGACAAAGAUUUCGACGACGCUGCUUUAUGGGCGGUAAUAGACUCUGCUGUGGCUGCGGCUGCGGCUGCGGCUUCUUCCUCCUCUUCCUCCAAAUCUCGGAAAUCUCUAGCAGUUAAUUACCCCAGUAAAUCAAAUCCUUCCCCGCCGCCUAGGUUUCCGAAAAGCCCUAGAACUCCGUACCAGGCGCAGAGGAAUUCUAGGGCUUUUCCAGAGGGUGAGGUGGUGCACGAGCCUUGGGUGUUUCAACCUCCUCGGAAGAUUGCAAGGACGUGUGUAUCGGAAGUGAGUGAGAGCAGUCCUCUUGCACUCGUCGGUAACAACACGCUACGGACACCGCCAGCGCCGGUAUAUUUGUCUCCUGAAGCGUACUUGUCGCCGCAGAUUGCUUCUGGUUCUGAGGGCUCACCGGCUGUUAGUGGAAGUGGACUGAACGAGGAGAAGGAAAUUACAAGGCAUAGCCUCUCUGGGCGUUUCCCUUCAGUCUCUCUCUUUAAGGAGUAUCAGAAUGCGGCGAUGGCGAUUUUAGAGAAAUCAGACUAUACCACGAUUGCUGGGAACCCAUUCAUAAAAAAAUCAGGGUGGAGGAAGAUAUCAUUUUAUUUCAACCUCUCUUUUGAAAUUAAGGACAAGACAAUUGAAUUUGACGAAAACCGCAACGUCCAGCGUGCUGAGUUUGUUGUUCGAGCAUAUAUGCAAGGUGGUAGAUUUUGUGAUGGAUGGGGCUCGUGUGAACGGCGUGAGAAGAGAUUUUCCAAACCAAAUCAUGAUAUUCCUAGCACAGCAGAAACCAGGGCCAAGAAUAAGGCAUGCCAAGAUCUGCUUGGCAUUGGAGAGUAUCGACCUGGUGCAUGCCAGGGGCAAAAGUAAACCGUUGCCAGAUUCAUCCAGCCAAAUAACUGGUCUAACCUGUAAUGGAAAAGGAGUUAGAUGCAGACAAUCUUUAACAACAAACAUAACCACAAAAGUUCAUUGAAUGUAAGCUGUAACCAAGCUGAGAUCUCAAGGAAGAACAGUAAUGGAGAAACACACUACCAGGGAAGUUCAUCCCCUUGUUAUAAUGUUGUUGGCAUGUUCGUAUAUUUGGUAAAACUUUCAUAUCUUUUUAUAGAAAGUGAUUUAGUUGGUCGCACCAUUUCUAAUGUUGUGGCAUUGCAAUGUGUGUGUGAAAUAGUAGUGUAAGAGUAAAGAUUCUUUUGGUUGGUGGGAACUGGAAGUGACAGUGACAGUACCUUUCUUGGAUGUCUGCUGUGGAGCACUUUAUCAUUAUUUCCCAGUCGGUGAGGCUGGCCAUUGGCGAGGUGAUGCAUACACAUAAGCUUGAGUUUUUCUUUUUAUUCUGUAAGAGCUUGAGUUGGAUUCCAGGCCAUUGGACGAAAAUGGAAAAUUGUGCUGUCGAUAAACAAAUUAACGUACAAUAAAGUUGAACUGCUUCCUUCC